AACAGUGACGUUUCUGCGUGCUCACUCAUCUGCAGUGUGCAGGCCAGGUACAGCACUGCAGGUACACAUGACUCACAGUCACGACGGCCUUGCGUCAUAACACACAACUCUGACGGGUGACGGCCGGGUCUGGGAGCUCGGCAGGAUAUUCCUCCCCCCAAGAGGCACAGCAACAUAUUAUAAUCAGCCUUGAACAACCUUCACUUUUGGGGCUCGAGUGACUGUGGUUCCAUGGCUUGCCCAACCUCCUAAAACAUCGAAGAAGAAAAAGACGGGACAACCCUGCUGGUGUUUUCGGUUGUUUUGGACACUCACUCGGCAAGAUGUUCAAGAAACCUUCAGCCAAAGAGCAAAUGAAAACCAAUGAGCGACAGUUACGUAAAGUUGGACGUGACGUGGAGCGUGAUCGAAGGGAGCUGGAAAGAGAAGAGAAAAAGUUAGAAAAUGAUAUAAAACGGUUAGCAAAAUCCCCUGGCAACAAAGAAGCUGUAACACUCCUUGCCAAGCAACUUGUUAACAUCAGAAAGCAGAAGACAAGAACCUAUGCUGCAAACAGUAGGAUAUCUUCAGUUGCAGCUCAACAAAAAGGAAUGCAGGCAAAUGUCAAGCUGGCUGGUGCUAUGGGUACAGCCACAAAGACAAUGGUUAAUAUGAACAAGAUCAUGAAGCCGGAAGAUAUUGCUAAAAACAUGAAGGAUUUCGAGCAGGCCUCUGCAAAGCUGGAUAUGACUGAUGAACUAAUGAAUGACACCCUCGAUGAUAUACUAAAUGAAAGUGGUGAUGAAGAAGAGAGUGAUGCCAUUGUGAAUCAGGUGUUGGAUGAAAUUGGCAUUGAGAUUGGGUCAAAGGUGGCAGGGGCACCAUCAGUAAGAACAGAAGGUCUAGGGGAAACAAGUAAGUCCAGAGUCCUGUCAGAUGAUGAAUUAGAAGAGUCCCUUGCAAAGCUGAGAGCAACAUAAGGUUGCUGACAAUGUGCCAAUUUUGAAUGUUCCUGUGUUAAGAUUAUUUUUUGGAAUGUUAAGCAGGAUUACAUAAUCUGUAGAUGCUUAUGAUUUUUUUUGUGUGUGGGUAUGUUCUCUGUUACAACCUUAAUAAGAAUAGAUCACUUGACUACUUAUGGGGAAGGCUUCAUAUGAAUACAUGAAAUAUUUUAAAGUGUACUUAACUCAAGGUGUACAUACCAACAUCUCUACAUUUCUGGUAGAAAUGUAGAAGUCACUGCAGCACUUUACCUAUUUCAUGUUGUUGCAAAAUUUUCUCACAGUCAGGGCAGAUAAGAAAAUAUUACUGUUGUGUUAAGUUUGUAAAGAUCUAUUGGUACAAUGAGUUUUAUGGAUGAGCAUAACAGCACAAAUGUAAUUAUUUAGUAUUAUUGAAUUAUAUCUCAGUUGCUAAAUAAAUAUAUUUAUUGGAUUAAUCUGAGCUCAAAAUUGCAUCCAUUGUUAAUCUUGAUUGGUGUCAUGAGUCAUCUUGAGUCAUGGAAAUCCAGGAAGAAAUGAGACACAGCUGAGCCAAGUGGGAUGGGGGAGAGAGCUAUGGUGUAUGAAAAUGGAAGGAAAGAUGGCUAAGCAGAGGAGUGUAAUAACAGAGAGAGAGAGAGUGAUAUAUCACUUAAUGAUCUUGAUCACAAUUUCAACUCUGGUUGAAUAAAAAUGUAAAAUCAGUGAAAAUUUGGGUAUGAAAAUUUAUAAACUUUUAUACUGAGAAGUUUAGAUUCCCAAGACUCCAUAAUUAAUCAGCAUGUGUGUAAACCAAUUAUUUGUUAAGAAUCCAAUGGAUGAUAGAUUGCAGAUUUGCUGUAAAUGCAUUCAGCUGUCCUUUGUGAAUGGAAACUCGUGCAAAGUGGUUGUAAGCUUUCUUCUACAGUGUUUUCACAUGAUCACACAUUUUUCUAGUAAUUUUCUUAGUACAUCAAAAUGUAUUUUUUUGUAUUCAAUUACCAUAAUGUUUAAGAAAAUUCAGUAUAGUUCUGUAACACUGAGAUUACCAAGUGGUAUAAACAUUGUGAGCAGAAAGACUUUGAAACGUUGAUUUGGAGCAUGAUCUAUAUGCAUUCCUAUUUAUACUUUUUUUUUAAGUUAGUUGGCUUUGAAAAUUAGAAAUAACCCUAGUUCACUUCCAGUGUAAGGCCUAACAUUUACUUUUGCACUUGGCACCAGUAGACUUAUUUCUACUAUGCUUAGAUGUUAUUAUUACAGUAACAGAAUAACGAGACACAGGUUGAAUGCAAUCACUUUGUGGCUAACAAAACACAGGAAUAACACAGGGACACAUUUUACUGCAGGCAAGAGCCUGAGUGUAGCAUAGAUAGGGGAUGGUCUCCCUUGUGUGUUGUAAUGAUAACAUAAUUAUGCCACUACUGUUCAGCUGAAUGAUCAUAUGAUUGUACCACCAAUGUGCAAUAUGGUGAUCACCUGAUUACACCACCAAUCACAGGAUAGGGAAAGUUCAAGAUCAUUUAAGUUUAAAGUCAGAUCAAUGGUUGCCCAUAAUUUAUUUCUUUGGUAUUAAUACUGUAAAGUUUAACUAAUUUCAUAUAUCCAUUACUCUAACCCCAUUUUUAGUAGCUGGAUAAAAAGUCAGCCUCUAGAAACAGAAAACUCAAGCCAAACAAUAAAAUGAAACUGUCAUAUCUCGGUUUACAAGCUUAAUUCGUUCUGGAAAUUUGCUCGCAAACCAAAAAACUCAUAAACCAAAACUGUAAGUAAGUGUAGUGCUGAAAACACAAAGAUUGCACACUAGAGCACAAAUGUACUAAGUGGACACGAGCAUGCAGAAGCUACCUCUGUGAGUGUACAACGCUUUGAACGCUCUUGUCUUGCAGCGAACAAAGGGAACCCGCACUCACGUCUUUGACUUGUAUAAACAGGAUGCUCAUACACCAAGUCAUUACUCGUUAAUCAAGGGAUUUUUAGCGAAUUUAUUUUGCUCAUAAAUCAAAACACUCAAUAAAGUAAGGCACUUGUAAACUGAGGUAUUACUGUACAUAUAUUUACUUUCAUGUUACAUUUAGUCUUUGACAAACUCAUGACUGUGUGUUAAGACAGCAAUGGAACCUCAGUAAAAUAGAAUAGGCAAAAUUCCCAGUUUCCUGCAAAGUAGUGUCCAACUUCCAGAGCGAUAAAGAUGUACUUUUCACAUAAGAUGAUUCUCUUGGUACAAUUAUAAAUCAUAUGGUACUGCUAAUAACCAUAUUAUCCAAGUCCAAUCAGCUAAGUACUGAUGUUAUGCAUACCUACUAUAAAAUAGGUACUUAUAGCCAUAUUUCAGUUGCUAAUUCAAGCCAUAAUUUUAUUUUUUAAGAGCGAAAGUUAAAUUUUUCAAUGAAUGAAAAUUCCAUAUUUGGGAGUUAUUUUCAUACCAACAUUGUUGAAAAAAUUAGAUGUAUUUUAUGCCAUUGCCGAUAGACUCAAUACAAUAUUGAUUUUUGUUUUUUGUUUUUGUGGAUUAAAAAAAAAUAAUAAUCAUAUACAAAACAUGUCAAAAUUUCUCCAACAGUAUUCAUAAACUAACCCAAGUGGGCUUAAGGGUAACCUUCCUUCUCCCUACCCCACUAUGUCCUUCAACAUCAGCACAAUUUUAGGCAUUUGAGUGACAAGUGAAUCCUCAUCUAAUCACCCUGUCCCCUUCCUUCCUGCAGUCAUUGAUAAUGGUGCCCUCAAAGCCAUGGCAAUGAAUUUGUAUUCUCACCUUCACAUCUUCCACUUUCAUGUAUUCAUGAAAAAAAGUGACUUAAGUAUGGCUGAUAAAAGUGUACGGUGAGCUGGGGAUGAACUGUACAUGUGGACGUAACAUACAGAGGCUCCCAUGGCCAAAUUUAUAGGUUUAAAGCAGUCUCCCUCUAACAGGUAUUAGGCAAAAUGGGUGCAGACAGCUGAGCAACGGCAGUAUUGGUAGGGGAUGCUUGGCUAUUUUUUUUUUUUUUUUUUUUUUUUUUUAUGUAAUAUUUUGCCACUAAUUAAUGAUAGUGUUACACAAAAUGCAGCCAUGUAACCCAUGACAGUGACACUUACGUGGGUAUCGAUUUCAUUCAUCUACUCAAUCCUUUAGGGUGUUUUACCAGUAUAUUUCAUGUGUUUUGCAACAGAACAAAACUGCUGCUAGCUACACUUCACUAAGGGGGUGCAUAUCCCAUAGACAUCCCCUGACCUUUGUCUGAAAUAUUAGUUGAAUAAUUUGAAAUCAUACAAAAUUUAUUUUAUAUAAAGGGCAACCCAGUAAAUUAUAUAGGCAAAAUAAUUGAUUGUGGUGAAAAUUCUACAAGUUUCUCUAAGGUCUCAUACCUUAGAAAAAAAAAAUGGUAAGGGAGGCACCUUCAUCUUCCUAGAAUUAGAGAACAUAGGUGAUGUAAAACCUGACCAAGUGACAGGGGUCUUGCUGCCCCCUAUGUCAGCACCAACUCCGAGGCUUAAGCACUUCAUCAAAUUUGCAAAUUCACUAACAGCAUACUCUACCAAGUGAAUUAACCCUUUCAGAAUGGACAAUGCUCUUUUAUUUUAAUUUGACACUGCAAAUUAAAUGAUUCCUUGUUCAGUUAGUAAAUCAAAUUUCAUUAUUUUCCUUUUACUUCAAAAUUCAUUAUCUUACCUUAUAUACAGUAUUUAUUAAUAAAAAUUAUUUUAAGAUUAUAUUUAGGUCCUGUUAAUGAAUUAUGUUGUUAUUAAGGAACUUUGUCUUCAUUUAAAGUUUAUAUGACUUUACUUUGUGAUAACUAUAUAGCUGUACGGAUCAUUUUCACAUGUGGACGAUCCGUACAGUUUGAAAAAAACAAUUUUAGGCCAAUGUUUCACCUACUUGUAAAAUGUUCCCAGAGUUGUGCCUUAUUCACAUUGUAGUCAAAAGGAUAUAUUUUGUCAUGCAUGAAAAAGUUUUCCAUUUUUUACUUUUUUCUUACAAAUUUUUGAAAAAAAUCGAACAGAUCAUCCCCUACUCACCCUACAUUUUACAAGAAUUAAAUGAAGUUUUCAGCCUGUUUGAUUGAUUUCCAUUAAAUGUAUAUUUUUUCAUAAAUAAAAUGGAAAAUUGAAAUUCA